UCUUCUCCUCUCCCUCCUCACCCCCCUUUUUUCUUUGAGCAUUAAUUUUCACCGUCCUUGGCCAUACAAUGUGACUGGAUGCCUUCCUCCCCCCCACCACUCCUUAGUCAUUUUUAAAUAAAGGAAGGACCGUUUUGGGUUUCCUGCAUCCAAAACAUGUCAUGUACCCAAAGAACUUGGAUUGCAAACUUUUCCUUUUGGGUUCACCUCCUUAGUAUCCAGGCGUUUUGCUAUGCUAGAAAUCCUCCACCCGGGAGAUUUGUCUUCCCAGACCAGAAGCAAGAUCAAUUUGUUAAAGCGCUGGAAGAUUACCAAGUGGUUAGCCCAGAAAGAGUUGAUGGAGAUGGACAUUUUCUCUCCUACCAUUUACAUCUCCAUGCUUCAAACUUCAGAGGGAAAAGAGACUCCAGGAGAAGGGAUAGUAAAGCAUAUUAUAAAAUUAGGCACAAAAACAAGGAUCUCUUCUUUGACUUAACUCUUCAUCGAGAAUUACUGUCUAAUAAUUAUGUUCUGGAAAAGCGCUAUGGCAACUAUCUUGGUGCUAAGAUCACUCCAAGCGUAGCCACGUCAUGUCACCUCCUUGGGACGGUCAUGGAUUCUGAUUCCUGGAGUGGAACAGCAGCGAUCAGUACUUGCAAUGGGCUAACUGGUUACUUCCACUUGCCUGAUGGAGACUACUUCAUUGAACCAGUGAAGAAAUAUGAAUCAAGAGAAGGGGCACAUCCACAUCUAAUCUACAAGACAAAUGAUGUCCAGAAGACUCUGCCAAAACAGCAGGACUCCUGGACAGAUAAGCGACGGAAUUGCGGGGUGAAUGAAACAUCCAUUUUUUUCAAACAGCAAGAACUUCGAAGGAUGAAGUGGGAAAGGAACCGUGUGACACCAAGAACAACCUAUCGGCGUUCUGUCAGUAGAGAAAGAUGGGUGGAGACUUUGGUAGUUGCUGACAGUAAAAUGAUUGAAUACCACGGAAGCGAAAAUGUGGAAUCCUAUAUCCUCACUAUCAUAAAUAUGGUGGCAGGAUUAUUCCAUGAUCCGAGCAUUGGCAACGCGAUCCAUAUUGUGCUUGUUCGGCUUAUUCUUCUUGAAGAAGAGGAGCAAGGACUGAAAAUCACCCACCAUGCAGAAAAGACUUUAGCCAGCUUUUGUAAAUGGCAAAAGAGUAUCAACCCGAAAUUGGAUACAAACCCACUUCACCAUGAUGUAGCUGUACUUCUUACCAGAAAAGACAUUUGUGCCAGCAUGAAUCAACCCUGUGAAACCUUAGGCUUGUCCCAUCUCUCGGGAAUGUGUCAACCACAUCGGAGCUGUAACAUCAAUGAAGACUCUGGCCUACCUUUGGCCUUCACGAUUGCCCACGAACUUGGACACAGUUUUGGCAUCCAGCAUGAUGGAAAAGAAAAUGACUGUGAACCAGUGGGAAGAAGGCCAUACAUUAUGUCUCGGCAGCUUCAGUAUGACCCCACACCACUCACCUGGUCACGAUGCAGCAAGGAAUACAUCACCCGUUUCUUAGACCAAGGAUGGGGCUUUUGCCUGGAUGAUGUUCCCAAGAAGAAAGAUCUAAAGCCACCAUUCAUUGCACCUGGAGUCAUUUAUGAUGUUCAUCACCAGUGUCAGUUACAGUAUGGACCCAAUGCAACGUACUGCGAUCAAGUGGAUAAUAUUUGCCAGACCUUGUGGUGCUUUGUGAAGGGUUCUUGCCGUUCCAAACUGGAUGCCGCAGCAGAUGGGACAAGAUGUGGGGAGAAUAAGUGGUGCUUCUCAGGUGAAUGUAUAACGGUGGGCAAGAGCCCUGAAGCAAUUAAUGGCGCGUGGGGAUCCUGGUCACCCUGGUCACACUGUACUCGGACAUGUGGAGCUGGCAUUCAGGCAGCUGAAAGACACUGCAAUAACCCAGAACCACAGUUUGGAGGGAAGUAUUGCACUGGGGAGAGAAAGCACUAUCGUAUGUGCAAUGUUAAAGCGUGCCAAAAGUCGACACCGAAUUUCCGACAAAUGCAGUGCAGUGAGUUUGAUACAGUUGCCUACAAAAAUGAAUUCUACCAAUGGAUUCCAAUUUAUAAUACAGCUAAUCCCUGUGAGCUGCAAUGCCUUCCUACAAACCACCAUUUUUCAGAGAGGAUGUUAGAUGCUGUAAUUGAUGGUACACCUUGCUUUGAAGGAAACAGCUACAGAGACGUCUGCAUUAAUGGCAUGUGUAAGACUGUUGGCUGUGAUUAUGAAAUCAAUUCCAACGCCACUGAAGAUCAGUGUGGAGUUUGCUUAGGAGAUGGAUCUUCUUGCCAAACAGUGAAGAUAACAUUCAAUCAGAGUCAAGGAUUAGGUUACGUUGAUAUUGGCCUGAUUCCCAAAGGCGCAAGGCACAUCAAAGUGGUCGAAGUGUCAGAAGCAGGCAAUUUCCUUGCGCUUCGCAGCGAAGACCCUCAGAAGUAUUAUCUCAACGGAGGGUUUAUUAUUCAAUGGAAUGGAAAUUACAAAGUGGCGGGAACAAUAUUUCAGUAUGAAAGAAAAGGGGAUUUGGAAAAUCUCACUGCUUCUGGGCCCACAAACGAAUCCUUGUGGCUGCAGCUCCUUUUUCAAGAAAACAACCCUGGAAUAAAAUAUGAAUACACUGUCCGCAAAAGCUCAAGCUUGGAAAAUGAAGUGGAGGAGCCUGAAUACAUUUGGAAAUAUGGAAAGUGGACAAGUUGCAGUGUAACUUGUGGCAAUGGGUUUCAGCGACAGAUUGCCCAUUGUGUGAAAAAGGGGAAGAGUAUGGUGAAAAACCUGUUUUGUGACCCAGAAACACAACCCAAGGCAAAACAGAAAAAAUGCAUUGAAAAAGAUUGUCCACCAAGAUGGUGGGCAGGGGAAUGGCAGAAAUGUUCCAGCACCUGUGGCCCCACAGGGGAAAAGAAGCGCACUGUUCUUUGUAUCCAGAAACUGGGAUUUGAUGAGCAGGCUCUGCCAGCGGAGGAAUGCCAACAUCUGCUAAAACCAAAAACUCGCCUUUCGUGUAAUAGGGAUGUCUUGUGCCCAUCCGACUGGACUGUAAGCAACUGGACUGAGUGUACAGUUACCUGCGGUGGAGGAGUACGUACUCGUUAUGUCACUUGUACCAAAAACAAUGGGGAACCAUGUGACGUUUCGAAGAAACCCCAUUCUAAAGCUCUGUGUGGUUUACAGCAAUGCCUAUCCACUCAAAGAUUGCUGAUGACUCGUUUCAAGUUCCAUAAUGGAAAGAUUAUUAGACGAAUAGGGGCUAUUCCCAGAAGAGGCCCUUCAAAAAAAUUGGCCACGCCAGAACCAUUACCAAGGAUCCCUUCAACAAUAAUACCCAGGCUCAGAAACAUCACUUUGAUACCCACUUCCAUAAGUCUUGUAAAUUCUUCUCCAAAUGAAGACUUGGAAGUAAAAAAGUUGCAAAAUAAUUCCAUUCACUCAAGCAUGCCCAGCAACUACUCCGGUGUAACUAGUGCCAACAGGGCAUUGCAAAACAUCACUCACGGAGUUCUCCUAACCGCUUGGAACAUAUCUUCAGAAGAUAGCUCCAUAAACAAGGAUUCCUUUACCAUUGACCCCAUGUAUAAUCCAAAGACUAAUUAUUUAAUGGAAGCAAAUGACACAACACCCAACAGUACUGAGGGAGAAAUAAAAGACUACAUUCAGACUGAAAGACCAACAGAGAGGUUCCUUACAUUCACUACAAGCAAAGUCUCACGAACCUCAUCUACAGAUGAUCAGUCUAAUAACCUCAACCCAUUUUCUGUUACCCCCACAAGAGGAACUGAGGUUUCAUUGACAACGACAGAUCUCAAAGGCCUUCGUGUACAAAUAAAUUCGCCUGUGACAUCAGAUCCCAUUACAGAACAACCAACAAUAGAGAAUAAAUUAGAAGAAAAAUCUGCGGAUACAACCCCAUCAAAGCCCUCUUUCAGUGAAACGAUCCCUUGGGCCACGGAAAGUCCAUUUGUGCGAGACACCACAAUGCCAAAGAACAGUGAGAAUGUUUUCAAAACGAGGUUACUAAAUGACUCUGAUUCAUAUUCAAAAUCCAGAAACGUGCAUAUCAAUGCUUAUUGGUUGGUGGGAAACUGGACUGAGUGUUCUACCACAUGUGGUGUUGGGGCCUUUUGGAGACCCGUAGAAUGCAACACCAAGAAUGAGUCUGACUGCCAGCACAUAAAAAAACCCGAUCCAGCCAGAAGAUGCCACUUUCGGCCAUGUGCUCAGUGGAGAAUAGGAAAUUGGAGCAAGUGCUCCUCCAGCUGUGGAGGGGGUUUCAAGACCCGCGAUGCGCAUUGCAUUGAUGUGCGAGAAAAGAGAAUCCUGAGGCCGUUCCACUGCCAGGCCGUGCAAAGCCAGCCAGUACUGAACAUGAGCUGUAACAUGGAUCCAUGCUUCAUGUGGCACACAGAGUCCUGGAAUGAGUGCUCAGCUUCAUGUGGAGGGGGUACUCAGAAAAGAGCAGUGCAGUGCAUCAGGGUGGACGACCCUGCGACCAAGGAGGAGAACCGGUGCGAGCGGGAGACCAGGCCUCCAGAUUCUCAGAAAUGCAACCUACAAAAAUGUGUGGAAAAUACUGGCUCAUCCUGCAGUAAGGACAGACUAUCCGUGAACUUCUGCGAGAAGGUGCGAGAUAUUGGCAAAUGUUCUGCGCCCUCAGUGAGGAUUCAGUGCUGUCAAACGUGCAAAAGAUCCUUGGCUGUCAACGCAAUGGGCCGCAAUGAGAAUUAACCAAAUCUGAAUCAUUAUCCAAAUAAAAACUGAACUUGCUAAGAUGGACUUUGGAAAUAAAGAAAAUUCGUCUACAAUUUCCAGCAUGCUCUAUGGACCUAUAAUUUAAACCUUCCCAGAGGCAAGACGGCCUCUUCAAACAUUGGACAUCAUUAUUUUUGUGUGUUCUAUAUAUUAUCCUUAUUUUUUUCUGUACCUGUUGGCAGUUCCUUUAAUUUCAUUUUCCUUCUCUGGAUCACUCCCGGCUCAAACUUUCUGGCCCACUUUAAAUAGGUUUUCUUGCUUUAAUGAAUCAGUUUUUAUGCUGAUUUGACAAGAAAGCUCUACUGGAAAUAGAAAAAAGAUUUUGAUCUAUAUAUAUACCCAAGUAUGGAUCUUAUUCUGUAUUAAAACAGUCAUCUAAGAAAGAGGUUCAUUAACAUAUAAGUUAUCAUUGUCAUCCAUUGACUUAAACAUCCCUUUUUCAAAAAUUGUCAUUUUUGAAGCUACAGUUGUAGAACCUGAGGCUCUCCAGAUAUUUUUUGAAUUCAGCCUGCAUGGCUUAUAUCAGGGGUGUCAAACUCGAUUUCAUUGAGGGCCGUAUCAGGGUUGUGUUUGACCUCAAGGGUGGGGCAGUGGUGAAAUUCAAAAUUUUUACUACUGGUUCUGUGGGCGUAGCUUGGUGGGCAUGGUAGGGGAAGUAUACUGCAAAAUCUCCAUUCCCACCCCACUCCAGGGAAAAAUAUUGCAAAAUCUCCAUUCCCACCCCACUCCAGGGGAAGGAUACUGAAAAAUCCCCAUUUCCUCCCCACUCUGGGGCCAGCCAGAAGUGGUAUUUGCCGGUUCUCCGAACUACUCAAAAUUUCCGCUACUGGUUCUCCAGAACCUGCUGAAUUUCACUGCUGGGGUGGGGGGGGUUGGCCAGGGUGGGCAUGCCCAACUCAACGUCACUUGUGUUGGGGGUGAGUGACACUGCUUUUUAACACUGCCAGUGAAAAUGGGCUCCUGACCUCCGUUUUCAGGUGCAACGGCCUCCUGCAACCCUCUGCCAGUGGAAACAGAACUUUCACUGACAGGUGCAUCGCGGGCCGGUCCUUUGCUGUUUCCAGGGUGGCCCCAUGGGCCAGAUCUAAGCACCCCACAGGCCGGAUCCGGUCCCCGGGCCUUGAAUUUGAUACCCCUGACUUAUACUAAAAAAAAUUGAUGGGAGGUUUUCAGACAAUACUUUCCCUUCUUAGGAUUCUCCUUCUGAAAUUCUACAUGUGAAGAAUCAUAAAAGUUGCUAUAUUUGUGUAUAACAGAUUUAUAUCACUAACUGAAUUAAUCAAUUUUGUUCUUCAAUAUGGUGCUAUUAUACCAUGGUGCUAAAACCUGUAUGGCAUCUAAAACAUUCUUUUUACGGCUGGGUUCACAGAAGAUACUAAGCAAACGCCAAGUAAAUAAUAUCCAUUGCAAUGGAUGAAUUCAACCAUCACCAUUUAUAAUCCUGGAGUUUUGAUCUUAGCAUGUCAACCUAGCUAAUUGUGGUAUAGUGGAGGGGAAAAACAGUUAAAUAAAUCAUAGCUUAAGGUAGUGGAUGAAACCAGUGUUGCAAAUAUGUACACAUUUUUUGUAUAAAUGAAUGGAUGGUGUAAUCUUGAAAUUAUGUUUUAUCAGGGUGUUGCUGUGCAAUGCUGGCUGUAUUGCUUUUUUCAAAAUAUUACUUGAUAUAUUUUGCUAAAAA